CAGGGAGCUCUGAUGUCAUCAUCCUCCUCUCUGAUUUUACCUGCUGUUUCCUGGCCUGCAUCCAAUGCAGUGAUUGGCCAGCUGCAGGACCAAUUGGACACCUCCCCUCUGUACAUGGACCCUGAGACGCUGAGCCAGCUGAGACUGAACGCCUCCUCGCCCGCUCUGCUCGUGUUCAGACUGCCCUACGGCAUCGGAGCUGAUCUCUUGUCAGCGAAAGAGAUUCUCAGUGGAAACGAUGAAGUGAUUGGUCAGGUGCUGAACAUCAUGAAGUCGCAGUCUGUUCCGUAUACGGCUAUCUACACCGCCCUGCGGCCCUCCAGGGAGGCAGCGUCUCUCUCUGUGGAGGCCGGUCUGGGUGGGGGGCGCUCGCUGCUGCAGGUCAGAGGGGGAUACAAGGAGAGGGGUAGAGAACGGGAGAAGCAGCGGAGGAUCAAGGAGAGGGCUGGAACGUACCCACCCGUCGAGUUCAAGGAGGGGGAGAACAGCUGCAUCCUGCUGUGGGCUAAAAGCCUGUCGGUGAGCAUCCUCCGCAGCGGUCGCUGGGAGGAGCACGACCUCACCCCGUCCACCUUUGGAGAAGGCGUCACCCCCAAACUCGACGGCUCAAGAUGCGACAAAACCAAAGCCAGGUACUUCUUACCUAUUCAGGGCUUUAACGUGAGCGGUGGUGAAUUCUCGUACGCCAGCGACUGCGCCGGCUUCUUCUCUCCAGGGAUCUGGAUGGGUCUGAUCACCAGUCUGCUCAUGGUCCUGGUGCUCACCUACGGCCUGCACAUGAUCAUGCAGCUGCGCACGAUGGACCGCUUUGAUGAUCCCAAAGGCCCGGCCAUCUCUGUGCCGCAGACAGAGUAACACACCUGCACCGCACCUGUCCAUCCUCCAUCCUCCUCUCUGUCCUCUCACUGCAAUGCUUCCACUCCUCCAGCUGCAUUCCUCCCCCCUUCCAUCUGUGUUUGGGCAUUAUUCAGUGCUGUCAUAAUAAGGGUUUAUUCACUGGUACAUAAAUGUGUCCGUUUAUAUUUGAAAUAUGGGCUGAAGCUGGCCUCAGUUUGUCCUCGUGUGUCAG